GUCCGUGAGGUCCACAGCUCCCCUUGUGCAGCCCCUCCGCCGUCUGACCUGCACGUGCCCUCGGGCCCAGCAUCCAGGAUGGGGCUACAUGUGCACAACAGUGUCUGGCCGGCAACUGCAGUCUGAGGACCCGGAUGCAGAAACUGAAGAGGACCCCUGUGUGACUGCAGGGCCCGGGGACGAGAUCAUUCGGCCACGGCCACAGGGGUCCUCCCCUGUCUACGAGUGCACUGCUGAGAGUGCCGCCUUCGGACUCCCGGACGAAGACGCACAGAGACGGCGGACUUCCUCGGGCUCCGGGGGGCGGAGGACCUGGUGGAAGAGGGAUUCAGGAGACUCUCGAACGUUUUCCAGGAUGAGUCGUCCACAGUCCCUGCAGGAGGCCACAGAGAUGAUGCUGACGACCGAGGCGGAGGCUGGAGCCAGCGGCUACAGCGUCACAGGGGGCGGGGACCGAGGCCUUUUCGUCAAACAAGUGCUGAAGGACUCCUCCGCUGCCAAGCUUUUCAGCCUGAAAGAAGGCGAUCAGCUGCUCAGCGCAACCAUAUUCUUCGACAACAUUAAAUAUGAAGACGCACUCAAAAUUCUCCAGUACUCAGAGCCUUACAAGGUUCAGUUCCAAGUCAGACGGAAACGCCCUGCCGCAGAGGAUGCGGAAGGGGCCUCCGGGGCUGCUCGGCCUGGCUGGAAGGACAGUGAGAAACAGGAGAGAGAGGCCGCCGAUGUGUGCACGGAGACCCCCACCAGGACCCUGGAAGGCAGUGGAGACAAGGAGAGGCUGCUCUCCAGGCCCAGGGAGGGCAGAGGCAGGCAGCCCCGAAAGGAGAGACUUUCCUGGCCCAAGUUCCAAUCAAUAAAGAGCAGGCCCAGGUCAGGGCCACAGAGGUCACGCAGCUCUUCCGAGGCCUAUGAGCGAGGACCCGCACCUGACGUGUCCCCCACGAGCACAGACACGGAAGCCCAGCUCCCAACAGAGGGGCAGAAGGCAGGACCAGACGGCCAGCGGAGAAGAAGGUUCCUGAACCUGAGAUUCAGAGCGGGCUCGGGGAAGGGUCCGAUGCUGGGGGUGCGACCGGGCCCAGCGGUCCAGGCAGGGGUCCUAGAGGAGGCAGGGCCUGGGGACGAGGGCCACGAAGGCGCCGAGGCCGCCGCAGAGAGAGCGGCGGAAGGACCCGAGGGCACAGCGGCUCUCACUGCCCCGCAGCCCGGGGCGCCGAGCCUCCCUGGCCAGGGAGCCACGAGGGAUGCGGCCGGCGCGGCGCCCCGGCGCAGGAGGAAGACAAAGGAAGCAAAUGACCAGGGCGACUUCGUGUCACAAGGGACACCGGAGAUAGAUGUGGCCGUACAGCACGGUGCAGACGGCCACAGAGAAGUGGCCCAGGGCAAACACGUAUGGAUUGCAAGAUCAGCUCUGCAAGGCAAAGCAGACACACAGGGCUGCCAACCGGAAUUCCAAAUCCAAACACCCGAUUUGAAAACACCCAAGUUUGAAUUUUGCAGUGAAAAGAUGAAAGUCACAGAGGUGGAUAACGCAGUGGUCCUAAGGCAGCCCAGGCACGGAGGUCCAGCGGCAGAAGACACGGGUGACGCAGAGCACAGAGACCACGGACGGGAGACACAGGCGGCUGGACAACCCGCAGUGCCCAUGACAGAACGGGAGGACGGUGGAGCAGAGGGCGCUGAGGCAGGUCACCGAGAUCACCAGACCAAAGAUGGGGACACACAGGCCGAUGGGAGACAGAAGAAAACUAUAUUCAAAUUCAAAAUCCCCUCCUUCGGGUGGUCUCCAGGAAGAGACAUAAAAUCAGUGCAAGAAAAAGACAGAGAAAAGGAAACGACACUCACAGAUCCGACAUUGCAAUCAGGGGAGAGAGUCAUUCAAACAGAAGAGGAACAAAGAAACCUAGAAACAACGAAGAGACAUCCAGGGGAAGAAAAAAGGCAAAGAGAGGCGGGAGAGACCACUGCAGGUGACCUGGCCAUGGAAGAGAGGGAGUCGGCCGCCAGAGACAACAAGUUCAAGAUGCCCAAGUUCAAGAUGCCGUCCUUCGGCGCCUCGGUGCCAGGCAAAGACCUGGCAACAUCCGUGGACGUCACCGUGCCCCUGCCCAAAGUUGGCGUGGCGGCCACCCUGCCCUCCCUCGAAGGUGAGAUCCGAGGACCAGAGGGCGCCGUGCAACUGCCCACUGGUGAUAUCGAUCUUCCUGGGGGAGAGUUGGAGGUGUCCCUCCCCGAGGGAGACGUGUCAGUGUCCGGGCUUAAAGGCAAAGCAGAAGGGGCCAGGAUCAAGGGCCAGCUACCCAAGGUCCAGGUGCCCAGGAUCAAGAUGCCCAAAGUGGAUGUCAAGGCGCCCCAGGUGGACAUCAAGGCGCCCAAGGUGGACGUGAAGGGCACCAAAGGCGAGCUGAGUGCCCCCACCGUAGAGGUGACUCUGCCCAGCGUGGAGGUGGACGCCAGGGCACCCGGCGCCCAGCUGGAGGGUGACCUGGCCCUGGGAGACAGGGAGGCGGCCCCCAGAGACAGCAAGUUCAAGAUGCCCAAGUUGAAGAUGCCAUCCUUCGGCGCCUCGGCGCCAAGCAAGUCCUUGGAGGCCUCGGUGGAUGCGUCCCUGCCCAAGACCCAGGCCGAAGUGUCCCUGCCCUCCAUCCAGGCCGACGUCAAGACCGGUGAUGUGCGCGUUGAGCUGCCAUCUGCCGACCUGGAGCUCAAGCCUGCCUCGCUGGGCGUCGAGCUGCAGGAGGGCCAAGUGCCUGAGGGGCAGCUCCAGGAAGCCUCGGCAGGAGCCGGACUCAAAGGGCACCUGCCCAAGGUGCACAUGCCCAGCAUCAAGAUGCCCAAAGUGGACUUCAAGGCGCCCCAGGUGGACAUCAAGGAGCCCCAGGUGGACAUCAAGGCGCCCCAGGUUGACCUCCAUGUGCCCCAGGUAGACCUCAAGGUGACCCAGGUGGACCUCAAGGCGCCAAAGGUGGACGUGAAGGGCGCCAAAGGUAAGCUGAGCGCCCCAGCCGUGGAGGUGACCCAGCCCAGCGUGGAGGUGGACGCCCGGGCACCCGGCGCCAAGCUGGAGGGUGACCUGUCCCUGGGAGACAGAGAGGCGGCCCCCAGAGACAGCAAGUUCAAGAUGCCCAAGUUCAAGAUGCCAUCCUUCGGCGCCUCGGCGCCAAGCAAGUCCUUGGAGACCUCAGUGGAUGCGUCCCUGCCCAAGGCCCAGGCCGAAGUGUCCCUGCCCUCCAUCCAGGCAAACGUCAAGACCGGUGAUGUGCGCGUUGAGCUGCCAUCUGCCGACCUGGAGCUCAAGCCUGCCUCGCUGGGCGUCGAGCUGCAGGAGGGCCAAGUGCCCGAGGGGCAGCACCAGGAAGCCUCGGCAGGAGCCGGACUCAAAGGGCACCUGCCCAAGGUGCACAUGCCCAGCAUCAAGAUGCCCAAAGUGGACUUCAAGGCGCCCCAGAUGGACAUCAAGGCGCCCAAGGUGGACCUCCAUGUGCCCCAGGUGGACCUCAAGGCGACCCAGGUGGACCUCAAGACGCCUCAGAUGGAUAUGAAGGUGCCGCAGGUGGACAUCAAGGCGCCGCAGGUGGACCUCCUUGUGCCCCAGGUGGACCUCAAGGCGCCCCAGGUGGACGUGAAGGGUGCCAAAGGUGAGCUGAGAGCCCCAACCGUGGAGGUGACCCUGCCCAGUGUGGAGGUGGACGCCCGGGCACCCGGCGCCAAGCUGGAGGGUGACCUGGCCCUGGGAGAAAGGGAGGCGGCCCACAGAGACAGCAAGUUCAAGAUGCCCAAGUUCAAGAUGCCAUCCUUCGGCGCCUCGGCGCCAAGCAAAGACCUGGGAACAUCCGGGGACGUCGACGUGCCCGUACCCAAAGUUGGCGUGGCGGCCACCCUGCCCUCCCUCGAAGGUGAGAUCCAAGCGCCAGAGGGCACGGUGCAACUGCCCACUGGUGAUAUCGACCUCCCUGGGGGAGAGGUGGAGGUGUCCCUCCCCGAGGGAGACGUGUCAGUGUCCGGGCUGAAAGGCAAAGCAGAAGGGGCCAGGAUCAAGGGCCAGCUGCCCAGGGUCCAGGUGCCUAGCAUCAAGAUGCCCAAGGUGGACGUCAGGGCACCCAAGGUGGACAUGAAGGCGCCCAAGGUGGAUAUCAACGCGCCCCAGAUGGACAAAAAGGCGCCCCAGGUGGACCUCAAGGCGCCCAAGGUGGACGUGAAGGGAGCCAAAGGGGAGCUGAGCGCCCCCACCGUGGAGGCGACCCUGCCCAACGUGGAGGUGGAUGCCGGGGCACCAGGCCCCAAGCUGGAGGGAGCCGGACUCAAAGGGCACCUGCCCAAGGUGCACAUGCCCAGCAUCAAGAUGCCCAAAGUGGACUUCAAGGCGCCCCAGAUGGACAUCAAGGUGCCCCAGGUGGACAUCAAGGCGCCCCAGGUGGACAUCAAGGCGCCCCAGGUGGACCUCAAGGCACCCCAGGUGGACGUGAAGGGCGCCAAAGGCGAGCUGAGUGCCCCAGCCGUGGAGGUGACCCUGCCCAGCGUGGAGGUGGACGCCCAGGCACUCGGCGCCAAGCUGGAGGGUGACCUGGCCCUGGGAGAAAGGGAGGCGGCCCCCAGAGACAGCAAGUUCAAGAUGCCCAAGUUGAAGAUGCCAUCCUUCGGCGCCUCGGCGCCAAGCAAAGAUCUGGCAACAUCCGUGGACGUCCACGUGCCCGUGCCCAAAGUUGGCGUGGCGGCCACCCUGCCCUCCCUCGAAGGCGAGAUCCAAGCGCCAGAGGGCGCGGUGCAACUGCCCACUGGUGAUAUCGACCUCCCUGGGGGAGAGGUGGAGGUGUCCCUCCCCGAGGGAGACCUGUCAGCGUCCGGGCUGAAAGGCAAAGCAGAAGGGGCCAGGAUCAAGGGUAAGCUGCCCAGGGUCCAGGUACCCAGCAUCAAGAUGCCCCAGGUGGACCUCAAGGCGCCCAAGGUGGACGUGAAGGGAGCCAAGGGGGAGCUGAGCGCCCCCACCGUGGAGGUGACCCUGCCCAGCGUGGAGGUGGACCCCCGGGCACCAGGCCCCAAGCUGGAGGGUGACCUGGCCCUGGGAGAAAGGGAGGCGGCCCCCAGAGAAAGCAAGUUCAAGAUGCCCAAGUUGAAAAUGCCAUCCUUCGGUGCCUCGGCGCCGAGCAAGUCCUUGGAGGUCUCGGUGGAUGCGUCCCUGCCCAAGGUCCAGGCCGAAGUGUCCCUGCCCUCCAUCCAGGCUGACGUCAAGACCGGUGAUGUGCGCGUUGAGCUGCCAUCUGCCGACCUGGAGCUCAAGCCUGCCUCGCUGGGCGUCGAGCUGCAGGAGGGCCAAGUGCCCGAGGGGCAGCACCAGGAAGCCUCGGCAGGAGCCGGACUCAAAGGGCACCUGCCCAAGGUGCACAUGCCCAGCAUCAAGAUGCCCAAAGUGGACUUCAAGGCGCCCCAGGUGGACAUCAAGGUGCCCCAGGUGGACAUCAAGGCGCCCCAGGUGGACAUCAAGGCGCCCCAGGUUGACCUCCAUGUGCCCCAGGUGGAUCUCAAGGCGACCCAGGAGGACCUCAAGGCACCCAUGGUGGACGUGAAGGGCGCCAAAGGCGAGCUGACCUCGGCAGGAGCCGGACUCAAAGGGCACCUGCCCAAGGUGCACAUGCCCAGCAUCAAGAUGCCCAAAGUGGACUUCAAGGCGCCCCAGAUGGACAUCAAGGUGCCCCAGGUGGACAUCAAGGCGCCCCAGGUGGACCUCCAUGUGCCCCAGGUGGACCUCAAGGCGACCCAGGUGGACCUCAAGGUGCCCAUGGUGGACGUGAAGGGCGCCAAAGGCGAGCUGAGCGCCUCCGCCGUGGAGGUGACUCUGCCCAGCGUGGAGGUGGACGCCCGGGCACCUGGCGCCAAGCUGGAGGGUGACCUGGCCCUGGGAGACAGGGAGGCGGCCGCCAGAGACAGCAAGUUCAAGAUGCCCAAGUUCAAGAUGCCGUCCUUCGGCGCCUCGGUGCCAAGCAAAGAUCUGGGAACAUCCGUGGACGUCACCGUGCCCGUGCCCAAAGUUCGCGUGGCGGCCACCCUGCCCUCCCUCGAAGGUGAGAUCCGAGGACCAGAAGGCACCGUGCAACUGCCCACUGGUGAUAUCGAUCUUCCUGGGGGAGAGUUGGAGGUGUCCCUCCCCGAGGGAGACGUGUCAGUGUCCGGGCUGAAAGGCAAAGCAGAAGGGGCCAGGAUCAAGUGCCAGCUGCCCAAGGUCCAGGUGCCCAGCAUCAAGAUGCCCAAGGUGGAUGUCAAGGCGCCCCAGGUGGACAUCAAGGCGCCCAAGGUGGACGUGAAGGGCGCCAAAGGCGAGCUGAGCGCCCCCGCCGUGGAGGUGACCCUGCCCAGCGUGGAGGUGGACGCCCGGGCACCCGGCGCCAAGCUGGAGGGUGACCUGGCCCUAGGAGACAGGGAGGCGGCCCCCAGAGACAGCAAGUUCAAGAUGCCCAAGUUCAAGACGCCAUCCUUCGGCGCCUCGGUGCCAAGCAAGUCCUUGGAGGCCUCGGUGAAAGCGUCCCUACCCAAGGCCCAGGCCGAAGUGUCCCUGCCCUCCAUCCAGGCUGACGUCAAGACCGGUGAUGUGCACGUUGAGCUGCCAUCUGCCGACCUGGAGCUCAAGCCUGCCUCGCUGGGCGUCGAGCUGCAGGAGGGCCAAGUGCCCGAGGGGCAGCACCAGGAAGCCUCGGCAGGAGCCGGACUCAAAGGGCACCUGCCCAAGGUGCACAUGCCCAGCAUCAAGAUGCCCAAAGUGGACUUCAAGGCGCCCCAGAUGGACAUCAAGGUGCCCCAGGUGGACAUCAAGGCUCCCCAGGUUGACCUCCAUGUGCCCCAGGUGGACCUCGAGGCGACCCAGGAGGACCUCAAGGCACCCAAGUUGGACGUGAAGGGCGCCAAAGGCGAGCUGAGCGCCCCAGCCGUGGAGGUGACCCUGCCCAGCGUGGAGAUGGACGCCCGGGCACCCGGCGCCAAGCUGGAGGGUGACCUGGCCCUGGGAGACGGGGAGGCGGCCGCCAGAGACAGCAAGUUCAAGAUGCCCAAGUUCAAGAUGCCGUCCUUCGGCGCCUCGGUGUCAAGCAAAGACCUGGGAACAUCCGUGGACGUCCCCGUGCCCGUGCCCAAAGUUGGCGUGGCGGCCACCCUGCCCUCCCUCGAAGGCGAGAUCCGAGCGCCAGAGGGCGCGGUGCAACUGCCCACUGGUGAUAUCGACCUCCCUGGGGGAGAGGUGGAGGUGUCCCUCCCCGAGGGAGACCUGUCAGCGUCCGGGCUGAAAGGCAAAGCAGAAGGGGCCAGGAUCAAGGGCCAGCUGCCCAGGGUCCAGGUACCCAGCAUCAAGAUGCCCAAGGUGGACGUCAAGGCGCCCCAGGUGGACAUCAAGGCGCCCCAGAUGGACCUCAAGUCGCCCAAGGUGGACGUGAAGGGCGCCAAAGGUGAGCUGAGCGCCGCCACCGUGGAGGUGACUCUGCCCAGCGUGGAGGUGGAUGCCAGGGCACCCGGCGCCAAGCUGGAGGGUGACCUGGCCCUGGGAGACAGGGAGGCGGCCCCCAGAGACAGCAAGUUCAAGAUGCCCAAGUUCAAGAUGCCAUCCUUCGGUGCCUCGGCGCCAAGCAAGUCCUUGGAGGCCUCGGUGGACGUGUCCCUGCCUAAGGCCCAGGCCGACGUGUCCCUGCCCUCCAUCCAGGCGGACGGCAUGACCGGUGAUGUGGGCGUUGAGCUGCCAUCUGCCGACCUGGAGCUCAAGCCUGCCUCGCUGGGCGUCGAGCUGCAGGAGGGCCAAGUGCCCGAGGGGCAGCUCCAGGAAGCCUCAGCAGGAGCCGGACUCAAAGGGCACCUGCCCAAGGUGCACAUGCCUAGCAUCAAGAUGCCCAAAGUGGACUUCAAGGCGCCCCAGUUGGACAUCAAGGCGCCCCAGGUGGACCUCAAGGCGCCCCGAGUGGACCUCUGUGUGCCCCAGGUGGACCUCAAGGCACCCCUGGUGGACAUCAAUGUGCCCAAAGUGGACGUGACAUGUACCAAAGGUGAGGUGAGCCCCCCUGAUUUGGAGGUGACUUUGCCAGUGGAGACCGUUUUGGUCCCCCAUCCUGACAGUCAUGGUGGCCCAGUGCAAGCAGUGUUUUCGGAGUCUUCUGGCCGGGUGACCUUUCCUAAAUUUCAUCGACCUAAGUUCCGGCUUUCACUACCCCCAUUGGGACCCGGUGAGUUGGAGCCCGAAGGUGCAGAAUGGGCACCCAUCCUGUCCCCGCCCCUCUCUGAGUCGGGGCCGUACUCCUCGGCUCGGGAUGCCACGGGGCUCCCCCUUCCAGGCAGUCCGCUGCCAUCAGCAAGUGUGUCUGUAUCCACGGUGGCAGCGGGCCAGGUGGGUGCCGUGGUGACGUCAGCAGUGGCUGCAGAGCAAGUCCCAUCUGAAGACGCCGUGCCUAAGGGGAAGGGCAGUCCUGUGAAGGCACCAAGGCUAAAGCUGCCCUCUUUCCGCUGGUCCCCAAAGACGGGGGCAGAGCCCAAAGCAUCCGCUGGACUGGGCCUGGCUUUCAACACCCUGCCAGGGGGUUCCGGUACAGAAGCGCGUGAGGAUGUGCAUCUUGGGCAGGAGGGGGAGAAGGGAGAGGUCAGAGUGCCUGCCCUUGCUGGACUGAAGGUUUCCCCUCCCAGAAUGAGGGUUUCCACUGCAGGACCCGACGGAGAUGGUGGGGAGUGGGGUGCAGCGGCAGCAUCGGGGCCCCCAGAAGGUGGGAAAAUUACCUUCCAGCCCCCACAGCCCCAAGCUCCCGGUGCCAGCUCCAUCAAAGCUGUGCCUGGAGCUGGCAAUGCCACAGUGGGGGUGAGCCUGCCCGCCCCCGGCCUGGCCCUGCGGGACAGCCCGCCAAGCCUGCUCUGUGGGGAGGCGACGACCCCCUCAACGGAAGUCCCCCUGCCGGUGGUGUGGACUGCGCCAGAUGCCGGGUCCCCCAUGGAGUGCAGCCAAGAGCGUGAGGCGUCAGGCGCUGCGGCUGGCCCCAGGGAGAGCUGGUUCAGAAUACCCGGGCUACGUCUGCCCAGCUUCAGGCGUCCCCCCAAGGAGAGGCCUGGGUCUGCAGGGCUGGGGGCUCAGAGGCCCACACCUGCUGCAGGUGCGCCCGGGGAGGGAGAGGCACCGACCAACGUCCAGAGUCAGGACGCCCCUGUUCCUGGGGCAGAGGAGGAGACAGCCGAGUGCCUGCGGCCCCUGGAGGCUGAUGCGGACCUGGAAGCCGCUGGCGCUGAGGCCGCUUGUCCCGCAGGUGUUCUGCAGCGGGGCGCAGGGCCUCAGGUCCCUGCUGCCGAGGGUCGGGUCCGGCCAGGCACAGGCUCCCUCCCCCUGCAGUGGUGCGGGACACUUGCAGAGACCUGGGGCCCUCCAGGAGAAGCGGGCCAGCCCCCCGUCCCAGGGACAGCAGCGCAGGGCCCGACCGGCGGCACCGAGGGGGCAGAGGAGCCGCCCUCCCGGCCCGAAGGCCCUCUCAGGCUGAGGGCUUCCAGUACUGAGGUGCCAGCCCAGGUGUCCGUGGUCAGCGUGGGGCAGGUCUGGGAAGACUCUGUGCUCACCGUCCAGUUCCCCAAAUUAAAAGUUCCGAGGUUCAGCUUCCCAGCCCCCAGCUCCGAGGCUGACAUUUUCGUGCCCAGCGUGAGAGAGCUGCGGUCCCCACAGCGCGGUCCUGACGCGGCCCUGCAUGGCCAGAGCGCCGGCGUCCUGACGGCCCCCGCGGCCCCCUCCUCGGAGGCCGCCCCCAUCUGUAAGGUCAGGGUGCACAUUCAGAGCGCAGAGGCUGAGAGCCGGCAGGUGGCCGUCCACAGCACGGUGACAGCCCUGUACACCCAGCUCUCAGGGCCGGAGGCUGUUCCCACCCGGAUUGCGCAGGAGUUCGAGGGCCCCUCGUGGGACCCCGAAUCACCUCAUGGGUUUUCCUUACUAACGGGGAGGGCCCCGGAGCCCAGCACGAGGCCGCAGGUGCACCUGGGGACUGCGGACUCUAGGCCACGAGGGCACCUUCAUGAACCAGUCACCCCAGGAGCAGAGCCUGUGUCUGGGGACCUCCAGCCUGACACCGGAGAGCCGUUUGAGAUCAUCUCUCCCGGUGUAGACGUGCCGGGGCUGCCCGCCGUCUCUCCUGACCUCCCCUCUGGCCACGGGCGUGCAGACAGCUGCUCCGACGAGGAGUUCCCGCUGGAAGAGGGCCGGGAGGCGGCCGCCCUGGCAGAGGACGACGGGGCCCCCAGAGCAAAAGCAGAAGCUAAAAGGUCCUCCGGUCUGUUCCGGUUCUGGCUCCCCAGCAUCGGGUUUUCCGCCUCGGUCGCCGAGGCCAGCGCUGACUCGCAGGCCGAAGCCCCGACCCCGGCUCCCGUCCAGACGCAGCCCGAGGCGCGGCCGCCGCAGGAGAAGAGUGGCUGGUUUCGGUUUCCCAAGCUGGGGUUCUCCUCGUCCCCCACCAAGAAAAGCAAAAGUGCUGAGGAGGAGGCGCGUCCGGCCGAGCGGAGUCUGCAGGACGAGGUGGGCCCCUUCUUCGAUGCCCGAGACAGCUUCUCCCCGGAAGAGCAGAGAGAAGGGGGGGCGAUGGUGGCCUCCGCGGAGAGGCCCGAGCUGACCCAGCCGGAGCGGGACGGAGACUCCGGCCAGCGCCCCCCGCCCAGGCCCCGCAGCAAAUGAGGGCCGGGCAGGGGGACCCUUCCCCGAGGACAGGCGCCCGGAUGGAGUCGCGAAGCCGAGGCCCUGCCGCGCAGAGCUCCCGUCCGCGGACUGAGCUGCAGGGCGGGAGGAUUUCGGGGACCCCCAUGGUGGUGGCCGUGCAGGGUGUGAGCGGCCCGAGGGUGCCGUAGUUUUGCUGUGGCCCCUGUCCCGUGUCAGGUGGAGUCUGGUGCAUUCUGGCGGCCUUCUGCCCGCCCCUCCCCUGCAAGCUCACUGCCCGGCCUCCUGCAGCCUGCGGGAUGCUGUGUGCCUCUGGGGCAGGGGCUCCGGCCGCGGGCCAAGGGGGCCUCCGUCCCGCACCUGCACGCCCCACGCGCGGUUCCUGAGCCCCUGUGUGCACACGCUGCCGCCAGGCUACCCGUGGAACCCCCUGGCUGUCCCCAGGUGGGCAAUAAAGGACAGGAUGCACGGGC